ACUUUCAAUUUCGUAACGGUGGAAUUUUCUUUGUCAGAAUACCAGACUUUUGGAAAAUUCCACGUUGGAAAUUACCUAAAUGUUUGUUAUUGAAAAUAAUACGCUUGAUGCAAGCUCAGUAGUUUUGGAAAAUUUAUUAAUAGACUGAAACAACAUUAUUUGCAGUUGAUAGUGGGUACAACUUUAACACGGAGACUCCGUAAUAAAGAUGACGAUAUUAACAGCAGGUGCCUGUUCGUUUAUUGUAAGCUCUUCUGGACAUGUGAUACCAGCGGCUGUAGGGACCGCAGCUGGCGCGGUAGUGACUGCUGUUAAACUUUGGGUCCAGACGGAACCAGUCAAGGUAGCUUUAUCAACCGCCGUAGGAACUGGAACAUCAUCGGGUGCUAUUGCAGGGGCAAUCGCCAGUAAAACCGCAACCAGUGCAGCUGCAGGAGCUCUCCUUGGUGGUAUUUCCGCAGCGGGUAUCGGAUCUAUGAUGGCAGGAGGUCUUGCGGUGGCGUCAGGGGUUGUUGCUUCUAACCCAAUAGGGCUACUGGCGGUUGGAACCAGUCAUACAGAAGAGAAAGACAGAAUUACAUAUGACUGCUGGAAACCAGUUCUUCAUGAUACGUCAUUGGAAUCGUCAAAUGGAAUGGUACUGAAAGAUUUGGUCUGUCACCCAAACAUUGCCAAUGUUACAGUUACACCAAGUGUAUGCCUGCCGCAAAUCGUCAUUGAAAAUGUGUGGAACGAAAAAUUUGAAAUUGAGUAUGUCGUACAAGACUUUGAUAAGUUGUCUUGUCACGCGAGGCCUAUGUUGAACUGAUUAAAUCAUUAUCUGGUUAAUGGAACACGAAUGACAAGAUUUGUUACUGUAAAUAAUUCAUGUUCAAGUUUCAUAAUGGUUUAUUCUAUUAUGUGACUGUCACAUUUGUUUCAUUAUAAACACACAGUAUAUGAAUUUCUUGUUAUUUCCUACUUUCGGUGGUAAAUAUCUCUUAAUGUUUGCCAUAAGUCUGAACAUGCUAUUUAGUAGAAAUAUUGACGAUUUAUCCCACAUUUUGAGCAACUCUGAUAUUUGCUGUAAGUCUGAAUAUGCUAUGUUAGUACAAAUAUUGACGAUUUGUCCCACAUUUUGAGCAACUCUAGGUCUAAAUAUGCUAGGUUUGUACAAAUAUUGACGAUUUUUCGGAGUUUUCCCACAUUUUGAGCAACCGUUAGUCUGAAUUUGCUAUGUUAGUAGUAAUAUUAACGAUUUUCCCGAUAUUUUGAGCAAUUCUAAGUCUGAAUGUGCUAUGUUAAUAGUUCUAGGGGCUGAUUAGCCCCUACGUUUGAGAGACAAAUUUCAAACAACACCAAAUCAUAGAAAGAUAAUAUUGAACAGCAUAUAAAACAUGCAGAUUAUUCUACGAAACAAUUGCCAGUCUACAGAUAUAUACACACUGAAUUCCGGAAAAAGACUGUUCAACACCUUUAAACACGAACUGCAACAUACAUAUUUGGAAAAAUGUCCCAGUUCUGAAAUUUCACAUAACGAGGUAGAACGUAAUUUUCAGCAGUUGUUUGUUUAUUUCUUUACAAAUGGCAUUCAUUUUAAUGGGGGAAGACUUUCUGAGCAAAUUUUAAGUAUCCAGUAGUACAGAACAGUACCGUAGAACAUGUAAUGGACAGGUAGAUUGUUGGUAAAGAUGUUGUUCGUUUAUAAAAUAUUUGAUAUAAUCAGAUGUUGGGAUUUUGUUUUAUAAAACCCAGACUGUGAAAGAGCAUGUACAAUAUUGCAAUGCUUUUCUAAUUAUGUAACUUUGCGUAGUCUCUAUUUGGAAAGCUGCUUUAUAUGUGUUUUACAAACAUUUGAAAGCAAUAUGUUAUUUCAACUGUUAUAAGUACAUGUAUUUCGUUUGUAGGUAAAGGUUAGAAUGCAAUACUAAUACAACACGUGGUGUUAUUAUUGUUCUAGAGCUUCCAGUUAUAACAUAACCGACUAGUUUCAUUUUCAAACAGAACCAAAACAUGUACAAAACACGUAAAUUUGUUGUUUUAUAUCAUUGUUUAAUCUGAUAUAU